AGAAAGCAAAUGUCAGCACAGACUGCAGACCUUGGAGAGGAUCAUCUCUUCACUAUAGAGCUGUCACAGAGAGUUGUAUGAAGGGCCCAGGGGACAGACUGGGAAAAUGCUCUUGUAUACCAAGAGGAUGUCACGCCAGGUUAAACUUGGGACACAGAAUGAGGAAAAGCAAGGAGAGAGAAGCUCAAACUUUGAUGAAUUCACCAGCAUUUCCUGGAUUGCCCUACAAUCUGUAGGUGCAGAACUGAUUUACUGAGACAAAAGCAGCACAGCCAGCGAAGACAAUGUCUGUUCUGUCUGCCUCAGCUUAGCAGCGCUGCCCUGCCUCCAGGUCCACAUUUGACAUUGGCCCUGUUUAUCUGUCAGGAGCAAGAAGCCAGCAGCGGACUGUCUCUCAUGUCAUCUCUGACAUGAUGCUGCCGACACUGACAGGGAUAAUGCCGAUGAUGAUGAUGAUGAUGAUGAAGAUGAUAUCUAAAACAGGCCUGUCACGCAGCUGACAGUCCUGCAACGCACAAACACAAACACACAUCCACAGAUUGUUUGUCCAUUAAGACAAGAGCAGAAACAGAAGGAGCUGGUCAAUGUGGAGUCAAAGGCCCUGUUUAUCUGGAGGUUCUCCAAGUACAUCUCUGCAUCUCAGGACGAGUAUACCAUCUGGACACCUGUGAUGAUAGUCCUGUAGUCCCCUUAUUGGAUCUCUCUGAAAGGAGCCGAUCAUGGCCAGCAUGGCACUUCAGCUCCUUGGCUUCUUCUUAGGAUUGCUAGGGUUUGCAGGAACUAUAGUUGCAACCCUGCUCCCUCACUGGCGAAGCAGAGCUCAUGUGGAUGCUAACAUUAUCACAGCCACCGGGUACAUGAAGGGCCUGUGGAUGGAGUGUGUCUGGCGCAGCACUGGUAUUUACCAGUGCAAGCUGUACAGAUCUUUGCUGGCGUUGCCACCCGACCUGCAGGCUGCCCGGGCGCUCAUGGUAAUCUCCUGUCUCACCUCAGUCCUGGCAUCUCUGGUCUCUGUAAUUGGGAUGAAAUGUACCCGCUUCGCCCGGGGUUCGUUGAUUAAAUCUCCCCUGGUCCUGAGCGGUGGGAUUUGUUUUCUUUGUGCUGGGCUUCUUUGCCUGGUCACCGUGUCCUGGACCACCAAUGAGGUCAUCAAGAAUUUCUACAACCCAUUAAUUCACAGUGGAAUGAAGUAUGAGAUCGGACUGGCUGUGUAUCUCGGAUACGCCUCGGCCUGUCUCAGUCUGGCCGGGGGAAUGGUGCUGUGUUGGAGCAGCAGUGGAGACAGGUCACGGCAGAGUCCCCCCCAUACGCAGAGGGGUCAGUCAUCACAUCUUCCCCCUGUCUUCAACAACUUACAUCCGCCUGCUCCACCCUACAGGCCCCCAAGGCCCUGAAAGGCAACCAUGCUCCUUCGCUUUGCUCCGCUUCCAGCAGUGGCUAUAGGCUCAAUAACUAUGUCUAAGACUAAGAGGAAUACUGAAACAAUAACUGUGAGACGACAUGGACCCUUUUUUCAAUAUUUUUAAUUUUUAUGUCCUGCGUACCCAUAAAAGGAUAUCAGCUGGAAAAGAGAAGGCCCCCAUAAUGC